AUGCCUCGAGGAACGACGUCGAGAGUCCCUAUUACCCAGUAUAUUUCUGGAGUGAGCGCAGAAUCAAGUGGAAAAGUGUUCGCAGGAUACGUGGACAAUAGUAACAACAGCGAAUACUAUGGUGGAACCCACUACCACCAGCAUCCUGGUAAGUUCUUGGGAAAGAAAUCGACCGUCGCAUUAACCAUGGAAACCUUAGACCCGCCCGAAACUCCCCCAAGCCCCUUAUCGACCGUCCCGUUCCGUCGCGACCCAGACUUUGUCGACCGUGGAACGCUACUUGAUCAGAUACAUGAAAAAGGCUCUAUACCGGGAUCUCGGAUCGCACUUAUCGGCUUAGGUGGCGUUGGAAAAUCGCAACUUGCUAUCGAAUACUGUUAUCGAGUUCGAGAUCAAUCGCCCGACACAUGGGUUUUCUGGGUCCACGCAAGUAACGCGACUCGGCUCGAGCAAAGUUUCCGGGAUAUCGCCGACCAGGCCAAAAUUCUCGGGCGUCACGAUCCCACAGUCAAUAUAUUCCAGCUAGUUGAAAGCUGGCUCCAGGAUGGCAAGAGAGGAAAGUGGUUACUGAUUCUUGAUAAUGUUGAUGAUGAUGGGUUCCUCCGCCAGCCCUUAGCGACAGUCCAGCAGGGACUGAAGAUCGGCCAAACUAACGCCGCGACAAAGCCACUAUUAGAAUAUCUCCCCCGAAGCCCGAACGGAUCAAUAAUUAUCACAAGUCGGAGCCAAGAGGUAGCGUUGAAAAUUGUUGAUCACCAGGACGUCCUUAAAAUCGAACCAAUGAAUAGGUCGGAGGCGCUAGAGCUUCUCCAGCGAAAGCUCGGACUACCAGAGGAAACCCCUGAUAUUCUAAAGUUGGUGGAAGAGCUGGAGUUCAUGCCACUAGCGAUCAUACAGGCGGCUGGGUAUAUCGUACAUCGAGCGCCCCUCUGUUCGGUAUCGCAGUACCUAGAAAUGUUUCGGAAGAGUGAUCGCGAAGCGACAAAGCUUCUUGAUUAUGGGGCUGGUCAUCUCUAUCGAGAUUGGGAGGCAAAAAGUUCGAUUCUGGUUACAUGGCAAAUAUCCUUCGACCAUAUUCGACGAAUAAGACCGUCCGCCGCUGAUUUGCUCUCUCUCAUGAGCUUUUUUGACCGACAGGGAGUCUUCAAGAAUCUGCUCCGAAUUCAAGGCGAGAUAAAAAACGACAGUUCGAGCUCGGAAGAGAUAAGGUUCAAGUACAAUGACGAGGAUAUGGAUAGCACGUCUGAAUCUGACGCGGAUCAUGAUUUUGGGGAGGAUAUUACAACACUAAGAGAUUUUUCGUUUAUUUCUAUCAACAAGGACAGCACAGUGUUCACGAUGCAUCGGCUAGUGCAACUUACUGUGCGUGUGUGGCUGAAAGCUAAUAGACAGCUGGAGCGAUGGAAGGAGCAAUUUGUCAUGAUCCUAUGGGAAAGGUUUCCGACAGGUGAAUAUGAAAAUUGGGCACGUUGCCAGUCGCUCUUUCCACAUGUGAAAUCAGCCAUGUCACAACGACCAAAAUCACAAGACUCUCUAGAAAAAUGGGCUACCCUGCUUUAUAAGGGGGCAUGGUAUGCACAGGAAAGCGGCAAUAUUGCGGAAUCAAGGGAUAUGGCAUAUAAUUCGCGGAAGCAAAGAGCCUUACUGUUUGGCUCAGAGGGCGAACAGACUCUUGAUAGCACUGCGAUGUUAGCAAACGCACACGGACUCGAGGGCAGGUGGAAAAGGGCGGAGCAGCUCGAGGUGCAGGUCAUGGAGACUCGCAAGAUGAAGCUCGGCGCCGAUCAUCCUGACACGCUGACGAGUAUGGCAAAUCUGGCGUCGACGUAUGGGCACCAGGGCCGGUGGGAAGAGGCGGAGCAGCUCGAGGUGCAGGUCAUGGAGACAAGCAAGACGAAGCUCGGCGCCGACCAUCCUAACACACUAAUAAUUAUAAGCAAUCUGGCGUCGACGUAUAGAAACCAGGGCCGGUGGGAAGAGGCGGAGCAGCUCGAGGUGCAGGUCAUAGAGACUUAUAAGACGAAGCUUGGCGCGGACCAUCCUGACACGCUGAUGAGUAUAGGCAAUCUGGCGUCGACGUUCUGGAACCAGGGCCGGUGGGAAGAGGCGGAGCAGCUCGACGUGCAGGUCAUGGAAACUCGCAAGACGAAGCUUGGCGCGGACCAUCCUGACACGCUGACGAGUAUAGGCAAUCUGGCGUCGACGUAUAGAAACCAGGGCCGGUGGAAAGAGGCGGAGCAGCUCCAGGUGCAGGUCAUGGAGAUAAGCAAGACGAAGCUCGGCGCCGAUCAUCCUCACACACUGAGGGGAAUGGCCAAUCUGGCGUCGACGUAUAGAAACCAGGGCCGGUGGGAAGAGACGGAGCAGCUCCUUGUGCAGGUCAUAGAGAUGAGUAAGACGAAGCUUGGCGCGGACCAUCCUGACACGCUGAUGAGUAUGGGCAAUCUGGCGUCGACGUUCUGGAACCAGGGCCGGUGGGAAGAGGCGGAGCAGCUCGACGUGCAGGUCAUGGAAACUCGCAAGACGAAGCUUGGCGCGGACCAUCCUGACACGCUGACGAGUAUGGGCAAUCUGGCGUCGACGUAUAGAAACCAGGGCCGGUGGGAAGAGGCGGAGCAGCUCCAGGUGCAGGUCAUGGAGAUAAACAAGACGAAGCUCGGCGCCGAUCAUCCUGACACACUGAGGAGUAUGGGCAAUCUGGCGUCGACGUUCUGGAACCAGGGCCGGUUUGAAGAGGCAGAGCAGCUCAACGUGCAGGUCAUAGAAACAAGCAAGACGAAGCUCGGCGCCGACCAUCCUGACACGCUGAGGAGUAUGGGCAAUCUGGCGUUGACGUAUGGAGACCAGGGCCGGUGGGAAGAGGCGGAGCAGCUCAACGUGCAGACGAAGCUCGGCGCCGAUUAUCCUGACACACUGAGGAGUAUAGGCAAUCUGGCGUCGACGUAUAUAAACCAGGGCCGGUGGGAAGAGACGGAGCAGCUCCUUGUGCAGGUCAUAGAGAUGAGUAAGACGAAGCUCGGCGCCGACCAUCCUCACACGCUGAGGAUAUGGGCAAUCUGGCGUCGACGUAUGGGAAACCAGGGCCGGUGGGAAGAGACGGAGCAGCUCCUUGUGCAGGUCAUGGAGACUUUUAAGACGAAGCUCGGCGCCGACCAUCCUCACACACUGACGAUUAUGGCCAAUCUAGCUCAUACCCUUAGGUCAUUGGGUCAAGACAAAGCCGCUUUGCAGUUAAUGGCCAAAUGCCUUCGACUUCGCGACCGAAAACUAGGCCCUGACCAUCCGGAUACUAUGUCUUCCAAGUCUACUUUAAACGAAUGGCGUGGGAAGUGUGACUCCCUAUCUUCCUAA